AUGUUUCACGCAGGUACGCCAGAUGAAUCCACAGAAGAACCUACGUGCGAAGAAACUGAGGAAGGUACGCCAGGUGAAUCCACAGAAGAACCUACGUGCGAAGAAACUGAGGAAGGUACGUCAGGUGAAUCCACAGAAGAAACUACACCGGAGAAAAGCGGGAAAGGUACGCCAGUUGAACCCACAGAAGAAACUACACCGACGAAAGCGAGGAAGGUACGCCAGUUGAACCCACAGAAGAAUCUACACCCGACGAAAGCGAGGAAGGUACGCCAGGGGAAACCACAGAAGAUCAUACGUGCGAAGAAACUGAGGAAGGUACGCCAGUUGAACCCACAGAAGAAACUACACCCGACGAAAGCGAGGAAGGUACGUCAGUUGAACCCACAGAAGAAACUACACCCGACGAAAGCGAGGAAGGUACGCCAGUUGAACCCACAGAAGAAACUACACCGAGCGAAAGCGAGGAAG